GCUAGUCUAAUAUGUGUUUCUUUUUCAGCCAUUUUUUCAGCUGCUAAAGCUACGAAAGCUGGGCCUGAGUGACAACGAGAUCCAGAGACUUCCUCCAGAAAUAGCUAACUUCAUGGAACUGGUAGAACUUGAUGUCUCUCGUAAUGGUGAGAAGAGAGAACCACUGCUCUAAACACUGUUGGAAGGAUCUUCAGCCCCACCAAAUAAACUCACAUUGAUUCAACCUCUGGUGCUAUGAAUGAACAGACAAUUUAAAACUGCUGAUAUUUUGAUAACAAUCAAUCAAAUGUAUUUAUAAAGCCCUUUUUACGUCAGCUGAUGUCACAAAGUGCUAUACAGAAACCCAGCCUAAAACCCCAAACAGCCUGCAAUGCAGAUGUAGAAGCACAGUGGCUAGGAAAAACUCCCUAGAAAUGCAGGAACCUAGGAAGCAACCUAGACCUUGGUUGUAAGAUGUUAUUACUAUGAUAGGCCUAUAUGUUAGAAAAUGCAGCGAGUAAGUGCUAGACGAGCAAUAUAAGUAGCUCAAACCACCAGUCAUGGUCAGCACUAUCCAUUCCCUCGACUUCACUGUACACGCCCAACAUAUUCUCAGAGCCAUAAUGGUGUGGUUUCUCCCAUAACGUCUGGACUAAACGGGUUAACAUUCCUCAAAGCUGCCAUCACAGAGCUUCCCAGCAGGACCAAAUCCAGAAUGCUAAUUAUGUUGUUCAAAUGGCAGUUUCACAUGCAACUCCAUGUUUGGCGCAACAACCAGGAUAAUUUAGGGGCGAUUCAAAUUAUUCUAAACAGACGUUUCUCCUUUAUGGAUGUUUUAUGUCUAUCUAUUAACAUUGUCUGGAUCAGUAGCUUUAAGUGGAAUGUCUAGUUGGAUGGAUGUUCUGAACUAUGUUGUAAUCUUGACCGAGGGACGGUAUAGUUGAUCAUUUUAUAGUUUGGUCAAGAAAGGUUAGGCCUGGCUUCAUUUUAUGUCCAACGUUUAUUGUAUAUUUUUUCUCUAUACCAUUUACAGUGUGUGUUGAUCAAGAUGUAUCUAACAUGUAUUUCUUUUCAUCCCUCAUAUAGACAUCAUGGAAAUUCCAGAGAGCAUUUCUUACUGUAAAGCUCUCCAAGUAGCAGACUUUAGUGGAAACCCAUUAACAAGGUAACUGUACUUUGAAUUCAUGUUGCCAUAAAUGUUUAGCAAAUGGGAGUGAUAACAAAAAUACAUACCGUAGCAACACAGUAGUGUAGCAGCACUAUAGUAGGUUAUAUCUAGGAACUUUGCAUGACAAAUUCAACAUAGAGAAAGAGUCGUUCGAACACAAGCAGAACACGAACUAUACUGAGAGGAAAAUGGAGUAACUUUUAUAAAGGUAUUUUCAGACAGGAUUUCUUUUUUGCUCGAACUGUAAUCUGAUGGACCCGUUUUAGUGACAAUUUCAUUGAUGGCAUUGAAGAACUACAGUAUUAGAUCUGCUGUAUUUAACAGGUAAUUUAUGCUAAUGAAUAUUGUAUGGGAUAUUUUUUGCCACAGUUUGCCUGUUAGCUGUCUCAUGGUGAGGUCUGUGUAGUUUGCACCCUAGUGGAGGCAAAUCCACAAUGCCAUAUGGUUCAGUUCGGGACUGGCCCUGCAUUGGGAUGUGCGAUUCACCUACCUAAUACACAUAGCCUGACAUUUCACAUUCUUAAAAUAAAGUGGUGAUCCUAACUGACCUAAGACAGGGAAGUUUUACUAGGAUUAAAUGUCAGGAAUUGUGAAAAACUGAGUUUAAACGUAUUUGGCUAAGGUGUAUGUAAACUUCCGACUUCAACUGUGUGUGUAUGUAUAUAUCUCAGCAAAAAAAGAAACGUCCUCUCACUGUCAACUGCAUUUAUUUUCAGCAAACUUAACGUGCAAAUAAUUGUAUGAACAUAACAAGAUUCAACAACUGAGACAAACCGAACAAGUUCCACAGACAUGUGACUAACAGAAAUGGAAUAAUAUGUCCCUGAACAAAGGGGGGUGUCAAAAUCAAAAGUAACAGUCAGUAUCUGGUGUGGCCACCAGCUGAAUUAAAUACUGCAGUGCAUCUCCUCCUCAUUGACUGCACCAGAUUUGCCAGUUCUUGCUGUGAGAUGUUACCCCACUCUUCCACCAAGGCACCUGCAAGUUCCUGGACAUUUCUGAGGGGAAUGUCCCUAGCCCUCACCCUCCGAUCCAACAGGUCCCAGACGUGCUCAAUGGGAUUGAGAUCCGGGCUCUUCGCUGGCCAUGGCAGAACACUGACAUUCCUGUCUUGCAGGAAAUCACGCACAGAAUGAGCAGUAUGGCUGGUGGCAUUGUCAUGCUGGAGGGUCAUGUCAUGAUGAGCCUGCAGGAAGGGUACCACAUGAGGGAGGAGGAUGUCUUCCCUGUAACGCACAGCGUUGAGAUUGCCUGCAAUGACAACAAGCUCAGUCCGAUGAUGCUGUGACACUCCGCCCCAGACCAUGACGGACCCUCCACCUCCAAAUCGAUCCCGCUCCAGAGUACAGGCCUCGGUGUAGCGCUCAUUCCUUUGACGAUAAACGCGAAUCCGACCAUCACCCCUGGUAAGACAAAACCGCGACUCGUCAGUGAAGAGCACUUUUUGCCAGUCCUGUCUUGUCCAGCGAUGGUGGGUUUGUGCCCAUAGGCGACGUUGUUGCCGGUGAUGUCUGGUGAGGACCUGCCUUACAACAGGCCAACAAGCCUUCAGUCCAGCCUCUCUCAGCCUAUUGCAGACAGUCUGAGCACUGAUGGAGGGAUUGUGCAUUCCUGGUGUAACUCGGGCAGUUGUUGUUGCCAUCUUGUACCUGUCCCGCAGGUGUGAUGUUCGGAUGUACCGAUCCUGUGCAGGUGUUGUUACAUGUGGUCUUCCACUGCGAGGACGAUCAGCUGUCCAUCCUGUCUCCCUGUAGCGCUGUCUUAGGCAUCUCACAGUACGGACAUUGCAAUUUAUUGCCCUGGCCACAUCUGCAGGCCUUAAGCCUCCUUGCAGCAUGCCUAAGGCACGUUCAGGCAGAUAAGCAGGGACCCUGGGCAUCUUUCUUAAGGUGUUUUUCAGAGUCAGUAGAAAGGCCUAAGUUUUAAUAACUGACCUACCGUCUGGAAGCUGUUAGUGUCUUAACGACCGUUCCACAGGUGCAUGUUCAUUAAUUGUUUAUGGUUCAUUGAACAAGCAUGAGAAACAGUGUUUAAACCCUUUACAAUGAAGAUCUGUGAAGUUAUUUGGAUUUUUACGAAUUAUCUUUGAAAGACAGGAUCCUGAAAAAGAGACGUUUCUUUUUUUGCUGUGUUUAUAUAUACAUACAGUGGGGGAAAAAAGUAUUUAGUCAGCCACCAAUUGUGCAAGUUCUCCCACUUAAAAAGAUGAGAGAGGCCUGUAAUUUUCAUCAUAGGUACACGUCAACUAUGACAGACAAAAUGAGAAAAGAAAAUCCAGAAAAUCUCAUUGUAGGAUUUUUCAAGAAUUUAUUUGCAAAUUAUGGUGGAAAAUAAGUAUUUGGUCAAUAACAGAAGUUUCUCAAUACUUUGUUAUAUACCCUUUGUUGGCAAUGACACAGGUCAAACGUUUUCUGUAAGUCUUCACAAGGUUUUCACACACUGUUGCUGGUAUUUUGGCCCAUUCCUCCAUGCAGAUCUCCUCUAGAGCAGUGAUGUUUUGGGGCUGUCGCUGGGCAACACGGACUUUCAACUCCCUCCAAAGAUUUUCUAUGGGGUUGAGAUCUGGAGACUGGCUAGGCCACUCCAGGACCUUGAAAUGCUUCUUACGAAGCCACUCCUUCGUUGCCCGGGCGGUGUGUUUGGGAUCAUUGUCAUGCUGAAAGACCCAGCCACGUUUCAUCUUCAAUGCCCUUGCUGAUGGAAGGAGGUUUUCACUCAAAAUCUCACGAUACAUGGCCCCAUUCAUUCUUUCCUUUACACGGAUCAGUCGUCCUGGUCCCUUUGCAGAAAAACAGCCCCAAAGCAUGAUGUUUCCACCCCCAUGCUUCACAGUAGGUAUGGUGUUCUUUGGAUGCAACUCAGCAUUCUUUGUCCUCCAAACACGACGAGUUGAGUUUUUACCAAAAAGUUCUAUUUUGGUUUCAUCUGACCAUAUGACAUUCUCCCAAUCCUCUUCUGGAUCAUCCAAAUGCACUCUAGCAAACUUCAGACAGGCCUGGACAUGUACUGGCUUAAGCAGGGGGACACGUCUGGCACUGCAGGAUUUGAGUCCCUGGCGGCGUAGUGUGUUACUGAUGGUAGGCUUUGUUACUUUGGUCCCAGCUCUCUGCAGGUCAUUCACUAGGUGUGGUUCUGGGAUUUUUGCUCACCGUUCUUGUGAUCAUUUUGACCCCACGGGGUGAGAUCUUGCGUGGAGCCCCAGAUCGAGGGAGAUUAUCAGUGGUCUUGUAUGUCUUCCAUUUCCUAAUAAUUGCUCCCACAGUUGAUUUCUUCAAACCAAGCUGCUUACCUAUUGCAGAUUCAGUCUUCCCAGCCUGCAGGUCUACAAUUUUGUUUCUGGUGUCCUUUGACAGCUCUUUGGUCUUGGCCAUAGUGGAGUUUGGAGUGUGACUGUUUGAAGUUGUGGACAGGUGUCCUUUAUACUGAUAACAAGUUCAAACAGGUGCCAUUAAUACAGGUAACGAGUGGAGGACAGAGGAGCCUCUUAAAGAAGAAGUUACAGGUCUGUGAGAGCCAGAAAUCUUGCUUGUUUGUAGGUGACCAAAUACUUAUUUUCCACCAUAAUUUGCAAAUAAAUUCAUUAAAAAUCCUACAAUGUGAUUUUCUGGAUUUUUUUUUCUUAAUUUGUCUGUCAUAGUUGACGUGUACCUAUGAUGAAAAUUACAGGCCUCUCUCAUCUUUUUAAGUGGGAGAACUUGCACAAUUGGUGGCUGACUAAAUACUUUUUUCCCCCCACUGUAUAUAAAAACAGAAAUAAUAUGUACAUAAUUUUUCAGACUCUUUACUCAGUACUCUGUUGAAGCACCUUUGGCAGCGAUUACAGCCUUGAGUCUUCUUGUGUAUGACGCUACAAGCUUGGCACACCUGUAUUUGGGCAGUUUCUUCCAUUCUUCUCUGCAAAUCCUCUCAAGCUCUGUGUUCGAUCGGGUUCUAGUCCGGGCUCUGGCUGGGCCACCCAAGGACAUUCAGAGACUUGUCCCGUAGCCGCUGCUGCGUUGUCUUGGCUUUGUGCUUAGGGUCGUUGUCCUGUUGGAAGGUGAAUCUUCGCCCCUGUCUGAGGUCCUGAGCGCUCUGGAGCAGGUUUUCAUCAAGGAUUUCUCUGUACUUUGCUCAGUUCAUUUUUCCCUCGAUCCUGACUCGUCUCCCAGUUCCUGCCACUGAAAAACAUCUCCACAUUAUGAUGCUGCCACCACCAUGCUUCACCGUAGGGAUGCUGCCAGGUUUCCUCCAGGCGUGCGUCUUGGCAUUCAGGUCAAAGAGUUCAAUCUUGGGUUCAUCAGUCCGGAGAAUCAUGUUUCUCAUGGUCUGAGAGUCCUUUAGGUGCCUUUUGGCAAACUCCAAGCGAGCUGUCAUGUGCUUUUUACUGAGGAGUGGCUUCCGUCUGGCCACUCUACCAUAAAGGCCUGAUUGGUGAAAUACUGCAGUAUAUGGUUGUCCUUCUGAAAGGUUCUCCCAUCUCCACGGUCUGAAUACUUUAUGAAUGCACUGUCAAAAAAUUGAAAGAAAAAGUUAGUUCCUGUUGAUAGAGGAAACUUUCCUGUCAAAGAGGAAAGUAGUAGGCCUGUAUUAGCUUUAUAGUAUAUUUUAUGGUAUUCUUAUUGCCUAUUAAUGCAGUCGCAUCCAUUGAUUUUCAGGAAUCUGCCACCAUUUGUCAGCUGCAAAGAUCUUAUUUGAUUUGAAUUCCUCUCUUGUUUUUGCAGAUUGCCUGAGAGUUUUCCAGAGCUCCAGAAUUUAACAUGCCUUUCCAUCAAUGACAUUUCGUUGCAGGCUCUUCCCGAAAACAUUGGAAAGUAAGUGCUCCUUUCUGUCAUAAAAAAAUAAAUACAAAUUGCUUCAUAGUCCUUUCAUAGAGAAACAUAUUUUAUUGGUUGGAAUUUAGUUCUCACUUCUGUGCUUUUAGAUGUUGAUAUGGGCUGUGACUUUGAACAGAAAAAAAUAAGAAAUAAGAAAUUAUAUGCUACUGUCGGUCAUAUUUCUUAGUCACAGGUGGUUAUGAAACGGCUUCCUGUUUUUAAGGUCUGAACAAUGUAAUGACAUACUGUGACUACAAAUUGUCUAUCACUGACAUUUUUGGGAGUCACUGGCACUCCGUCACACCCUCCUUCAAUUGACGUGGUUUGGAGCUGUGUGUGUUUCCAUGACAACAUAUUUUAAUAAAUACUGUGUAAUAUCUUUUGGUAAUUUUAUGACGAUCCAGUGUAUUAUUUCACAAAGGGACAAGAAUGGUGUUAUUGGAUUUAUGGCAAAUAAACUUACAUGAGUAGUUGUAUCAGUAAGUGCUGCUGCUUUCCUGUCCCCCUCUAUCCCCAGAAGACCCUGUAAUUUCCUGUGUAAUUUCCUCCAGCCUGCCACGUUCCCUUACGUUUCACUUGCAAAAGAAUGCUAGCCCUCUCUCCCUUCAAAUAACUCUGUAAUAUUUCAUGCAGUUAUCAUGCAGGAGACUGUAGGUUGACUACAGUCUACAUACAGCAGCUACAGUCAUAAUCUCCCUUAAGGCUCCUACUAGGAUUUAUCAUCCUCAGAUGAAGAACUAAUAUUAUACAACACCUCCAACACUCACCGGCCUUAUAUCAUUCUAUGCUCGUUGACAGGCCCCUUUUGUGUUAUGCACAACACAGCAAUAUAUUUUGAAUUAAGGAACACUUGAAGAAUUUAACUAGUGUAAAACUAAACAGGGCUCUGUUUUGACUUGACAUUUUGCUGUAAAUUAGGGAUUACCUUACAUGGUUAAUGUAAAGAUGGUGUUUUGCGGAAUGAUUCAGCUGUGUUUUUCUCUCUCUCUCAGUGAUAGGUAGGUCUAGAUUAUAGACUUUGAGUAAUGUUACUUAUUGUGCUCAGCUCAAUUAAGUAAUAUUAAAGCUGCGUUGAUCUGUGAGUUACCAUGGUGACCUAGUAAGAGCUCUGUGACAGUUGGUGAAGAUAUGAGAAGACAGACCUACUCGUGCAUAAAUGCACAGCAUUAGGCCAGAUAUUGAUUGUUCAUCCAUCCAUUCACUCACUCUCUCGUCUAGCUGUGGAGGGCUGAAAUACUGUCACACAAAUGGUGUGGGCUUAAUGGAUUUGUAGAAAAAAUAAAACUUUUUUUACACCUCUGUUCAUCUCUAGUUAAUCUCUCGUGGACAGACGCACGUAACAUAAAUGGUAUCGUAGCGUCUGUCAACAACUUUGUUCCGGUGUGCAGAUAUUUCGUCACUGAUCAUUUGAACAAAUCACUAUUUCGUAUCUUUCAACUUUUCGAAGGGGAGGUGACAUUUGGCCCAUAUACUUGCCUGUAACUUCAGAGAGAGAGGGGUGGAGCUACCGCCCUGCUUCUGCUUUUCAACACAUCUGCCCCCAGAAUUUAAUCGAGCAUCUGACACAAUUACACAAGAUUUUAGUACUAGGUUUCAAAAAUUACACCUCUGUUGUCGAUGCCAAUAUUGAUUAUCGAUGUUGCCCUCUAACUCCUCACUGGAUACCACCGAGACACUACUGUAGUAGCUACAUUUGUAAUCCACGCUGGAAAUCAUUCAGCAUUGAUAUACCAUAUCAGUGUUGCUGCACUUGAGCCUGUACACAAUUGACCUUUGCUCCUGCAUUCACAGUAAAUAUGACAGGCCAGAUGGAUUCUGUCAUAUCUCUUUAUUUGAUUUCUUCUGGAUCUGACUCCCAUGCAGAGUAGGGUGAUUUACAGGGCUCAGGGGUGACAGAUCACAGUUAUUAUCAGAGCCAUCUCCUCUACCUCCCAAUGUACGGCAUAGGCCUCUACCGCCGCCAAAGGCAUGUGUGCUAUAUCUGGCUUUCACAACUCAAUGAGUUAGGGCAUGUGAGUAUCUGCCCUCCCAAUUAGGGGAGUUAAUGACAGCACUAUAACACGGUUGAAAAAAGAUGCCUCUACACUGAUCAAGACACACACCCAUCACCUAGUGAGUAUAAGUGGAUAGUCUGACAUUCAUGUUGCCAAAGUACAUGCACCGUUAUUCUUUUCAUAUAACUUCUGAGAUUUCAAUCGUAGCAUUGUCUACCAGUGUGCUGCAGAGAUGGUUGUCCUCCUUCCAUUUAAGAAUGAUGGAGACCACUGUGUUCUUGGGGACCUUCAAUGCUGCAGACAUUUUUUGGUACCCUUCCCCAGAUCUGUGCCUCAACACAAUCCUGCCUCGGAGCUCUACAGACAAUUCCUUUGACCUCAUGGCUUGGUUUUGCUCUGACAUGCACUCUCAAUUGUGGGACCUUAUAUAGACAGGUGUGUGCCUUUCCAAUUAAUGUCAAAUCAAUUGAAUUUACCACAGGUGGACUCCAUGAAGUUAUAGAAGCAUCUCAAGGAUGAUCAAUGGAAACAGGAUGUACCUGAGCUCAAUUUCGAGUCUCAUAGCAAAGGGUCUGAAUACUUAUGUAAAUAAGGUAUUCCUGUUUUUUUAUUUUUUAUACAUUUGCAAACAUUUCUAAAAACCUGUUUUAGCUUUGUCAUUAUGGGGUAUUGUAUGUAGAUUGAUUGAGGAUUUAUUUAUUUUUAAUCCAUUUUAGAAUAAGGCUGUAACAAAAUGUGGAAAAAGUCAAGGUGUCUGAUUACUUUCCGAAUGCACUAUAUAUAUACACUACCAUUCAAAAGUUUUAGAACACCAACUGAUUCAAGUUUUAUUUUUUAUUUUUACUAUUUUCUACAUUGUAGAAUAAUAGUGAAGACAUCAAAACUAUAAAAUAACACAUAUGGAAUAAUUUAGUAACCAAAGAAGUGUUAAACAAAUGACAAUAUAUUUUAUAUUUGAGAUUCUUCAAAUUGCCACCCUUUGCCUUGAUGACAGCUUUGCACACUUUUGGCAAUCUCUCAACCAGCUUCACCUGGAAUGCUUUUCCAAGAGUCUUGAAGGAGUUCCCACAUAUGCUGAGCACUCGUUGGCUGCUUUUCCUUCACUCUGCGGUCCGACUCAUCCCAAACCAUCUCAAUUUGAUUGAGGUCGGGGGAUUGUGGAGGCCAGGUCAUCUGAUGCAGCACUCCAUCACUCUCCUUCUUGGUCAAAUAGUCACAAAGACACUGCGGUUGGAACCAAAAUCUCCAAUUUGGACUCCAGACCAAAGGUAAAAUUUCAACCGCACUUGAAACUUUCAAAGUUCUUGAAAUGUUCCGUAUUGACUGACCUUCAUGUCUUAAAGUAAUGAUGGACUGUCGUUUCUCUUUGCUUAUUUGAGCUGUUCUUGCCAUAAUAUGGACUUGGUCUUUUACCAAGUAGGGAUUUCUUCUGUAUACCCCCCUACCUUGUCACAACACAACUGAUUGGCUCAAAUGCAUUAAGAAUGAAAUAAAUUCCACAUUCAUUUUUGAGAAGGCACACCUGUUCAUUGAAAUGCAUUCCAGGUGACUACCUCAUGAAGCUGGUUGAGAGAAUGCCAAGAGUGUGCAAUGCUGCCAUCAAGGCAAAGGGUGGCAAUUUGAAGAAUCUCAAAUAUAAAAUAUAUUUUUAUUUGUUUUACAUCUUUUGGGUUACUACAUGAUUCCAUAUGUGUUAUUUCAUAGUUUUGAUGUCUUCACUAUUAUUCUACAAUGUAGAAAAUAGUACAAAUAAAGAAAAACCCUUGAAUGAAUAGGUGUUCUAAAACUUUUGACCGGUAGUGUAUAUAUGUUUACUUUUUGUGCCAUUGGAUUUGCAAUAACCCACGAUUUGAUUUUAGGCUUUAAUGUUCCAGUCCAGAUGAUUUUGAGAUUCCUCUGCUCCUCAUUUAACUGAUUCAGUUAGGCCUAUAGUUCACCACUGAUGUCCAAGCCAUAUCUUCUGAGACUUGUAGGAGUGAGUAGCAUCACUUUGCCACCGACCGUCAUUAGAUGGAAGCAAAUAUACCUUGGCAAGAAAUGUCUAGUUACAGAUUGUGCAUAACAAUUUAUUUUCAUCAGAGCUACAUAGCUCCCUUACUGCGAUUACUAAAUAAAACCAUUUUCCUUUCUUUUGGGAACAAAGACAUUACCUCAAAGCCAUGUUGUGGUCCUAAAAGCCUCAAUUCUUGGAAUUCAUCCACUCUGUCCUAGAUGGCUUCAAUCAGUAAUACUCAUAAAAAGGACAAAUAUGUCGUUGCUUUUUUUGUCUAGUAUUUUCUGUUGUUCGUGAUCAUUUGGGGACAAUAACAAACUUAACAAACCAAAUGGCUCUCUGUCUUUUGCCUUUCUCCACAGCCUCUCCAACUUGGUGUCACUAGAACUCAGAGAGAAUCUGCUGACAUAUUUACCGGAGUAAGUACUUCCCCUGGAUAGAUACGAUAUGUUUCAGGGCAAAACAUUUAUUGAAGGCACAAGACAAGUAGGCCUACUUUAUUAGUCCUUGAGAGACAGAAAAUCUUAUUUUUCUCUGCUCCCAACCCCCCAGACAUCUGUGUUCCACAAACGCUCUGAUAGUGCCACCCAUCCCCCUGAAAAGGGAGGUAAAGAAGUAACGUCUGUGUGGCUACAUUACAAGCAUGUAACACAUUCGGCUGUGGGUAGACCACAGAUGAAGCCUUAUGUGUUUCACAUGUCUUGUGUGUGUGUGUGUACACACGUGUAUGUAUAUGUGUGUAGACUUUAGAGGUGAUAGAGAAUGCAGUGUACCCUCUAUUCAGCCAAUGCUCAACUAUUAUGUUGGCACAACAACAGUCUCCCGCGGAACAUCUAACCAUCUCACUGCUUGGUAUGUGGCCACUACAUUUUUACUCGCACGUGGUUAAAAUUAAACGGCAGUGAAACAGACCGAGAAUGAGAAGCAGAUACAAUGUGAAUCCGUCACUGUAUGAUGUUUAUUUUUUCAAAGCCUAAAUGUAAUGUUUUUUGACUUUAUAACCCCUCUUGUGCAUUCCACAGGUCGCUAUCGCAACUUCACAGACUUGAAGAACUUGACCUAGGGAACAAUGAACUUUACAAUUUGGUGAGUUUCUGACUUUGCGAAAAUACACUUGAUCUCAGUAAAGAUGUUGAUUUCUUGGAAUAACAUUCACACUGAAGAAAACGAUGUGCAAAACUAAUCGUGUGGAAUGGGCAGCACUCAAAUCUCACUCAACACUUUUCUUGGUAUAUGAAACAUAAUUGGGAGUACUGAUACAGAUGCCUCUUAUCAUCCUGAAGGGGUAGUGUGACAGGGCCAUUGAGUUUUUAAGUUGUAGUCUGUUACAACAUAAUGUCAGGUUUGAUGUUUAUGAAAAGUUAACUCCGAGACGGAGACACACUCCCUGAGAGAUUUACUGAAACCAGACAAGGCUAGGGAAUGACAGUUUACACAUGGCUGAAAUUCUUCCACAGUCUUGUUUACAUUUGCCUCAGUCGUGUAUAAUUCUCCCUCUCUCACUCUCUCACCCCUUUCCCCUCCCUCCCCCAUCUUUCUCGCUUCUCGGUCUCUGUCUCUAUUUUCUGCCUCCAAUUCUUCCUCCCACACAGCCAGAAACAAUAGGCUGUCUUGUCAGCUUAAAGGACUUGUGGCUGGACGGAAACCAGUUGGCUGAAAUACCUGCAGUAAGAUAUUUCUGUAAUAUUUAUACUAAUAAUUGUCAUGUUUUAAGUGCCUUGAUAUUACUGUUGAACUUGUAGAAUAUGGUUUGAUUCCCCAAAAAGUGAAAGGCUGCCACCCAUUUAAAAACUUUCGAUGUGCUUAGGCUAAAUUAAUAUUGCGACUUGUGUUGAUAUAAUGCAAUCACAAGAGAUGCACCAUUAUCGUUAAGCACUAACACAGACUGGGAAAUGUAUUUAUAAUAGAAAUGUGUUCAACCUGUAGGAGAUGGGCAGCAUGAAAAGCCUCCUGUGUCUAGACGUAUCAGAGAACAAGCUGGAGCACCUUCCAGAGGAGAUGGGCGGCCUGGUCUCCCUUACUGACCUGCUGGUGUCCCAGAACCUCAUCGAUGCUCUGCCAGAGGGUAUAGGUCAGCACGCUGCUGCACUGUACACUACAAUACUGUGUAUUUUUUAGUUUUACUAUCCUUGUUGAGAUCAGAAGUCAGAAAAAUUUGGACAAGUGGGGACAUUUCGCCGGUCCCCACAAGGAAAAAGGCUAUUUUAGGCUUAGGGGUUAGGGUUACAAUUAGGGUUAGUGGUUAGAGGGGUAAGGUUUUGGGGUUACAGUUAGAGUUAAGGUUAGGUUAAGGGUUAAGGGUUUGGGGUUAGGGUUAAAGUUUGGGUUAGGUUAAGGUUGGGGAAAAUAUAAUUUUGAAUGGGAAUCAAUUGUUUGGUCCCCACAAGGAUAGUAAAAUAAAUGUGUGAGUGACGUGUGUGCUUCUGUGCAUUUGUGUGCACUCAUGUGUUUGUACAUGUGUAUGCUUGCGUGUUUGUGUACAUGUUUGUUAUUGGUCACUUGUUUUACCAUGUCAUGGAUUGGACCAUGCUGAAACUGAUUGGGUCAAAGCUGGGAUCAAUGUAAACUGAGCAUAAACAGGAAGUUAAUCUGAACAGAUUAAACAAAGUACUUUUACCAAAAGAGAUUGUGAACCACAAAAUAAAGGAGUCCACAUUUGGUAACAGAACUGACUUACUAACACAGGUGAUGUGCCCCUAGGGCACAAUAUAACUUUGGAUGAAUGGAAAAUGAAAUGUGACAGUCAUUAAAUCCAUAUAGCAUUAUUUGAUGUUGUAUUGAUCUGUGUAAUGUCGUUUCAUUAGCCAUAGGCUCUGGUGUUGGUUGCAAAUCAACUAACUUUUUUUACGAAUUAUAUUGAUUGCCAUGCUAUCCUCACUACUCUCAUAUGUCUGUAUCAAAGUAUGUAACGCUUUUUUGCUCUGCAGGAAGACUAAGGCGACUGUCGAUAUUGAAAGCAGACCAGAAUCGGCUUGCCCAGCUGCCAGAGAGCAUUGGCAAUUGUGAGAGUCUCACUGAACUGGUGCUCACAGAGAAUCGGCUACAGGUGGGUUUGUGGUUGCGCUGUACUUGCUCAUAUAUACUUAAUAUUAUGAGGGCAGGUUUGAAAAGUAAGACCCAAUUUAUUUUAUUUUAUGUAAUCGAGAUCACAAUACACAUGGCCGUCUUUUUCAGCCCACGGCCAACUGUUUAAUUUGAUAUGUGCUCACAAGGUCAAAACAGUGUGUCCUCUAACCUAUUGUUGUUUUCCACAGUACUAAUUACCCAACUCUGAUGGCUGCCCUCUUCGGUCCUUGGAUAGACCUUGUGACUUACAGUAUAGCAUGACAAAUUGUAUUUUUCCUUCUGAAGGGAUGCAUUCUUAUUGUCUUGUAACCUUUGACCUCCAUUAUAUCCUUAGUCUUCACUUCCUAAUAGGCUUAAAACAUCUAAGUGUGCGCCAGGAACGUAUCCUCACUUUACCACUAACCAAUCAGAUAUUUUUAUUUCAUCCUCACAGUGGGAUUGUGCAGGUAAUCCCCAUGCUCGGGCCACUAGCUGGUCUACUGUCACUGCUAUACCCAUUACUGUAUGUUCGAACUGUAGAUGGUUAAUGUAUUAUUUCUUACUUAUUGUUUCCCUCUUUAGAGUUUGCCAAGAAGUAUUGGAAAACUAAAGAGACUUUCCAACUUCAACUGUGAUAGGAACCGAUUAGCGUCAUUACCAAAAGAGGUAUGCUAUAGUCUUUCAACAUGUAAUAGUUUGAAGCAAAUGUGAGACUUGUUGAUGAAUGGUAGGUCCUUUCUGCUUUACAGGGCACCACAGUCCACUACAAUAGUGUAUUUGUGCCAAGCUGUUAUUAUCUUAGAUGUAUCUAUUAUGUUAUUAGGACAUGAUACUGCUUCCUUUGAGUUUCUUUCUGUGAUAAAACAAAAAAAGAAGGAAAAGUGCUUGUUGUAUGGCUCAAAGUUUUAUUCCAUCUCCCGUUGUGAUUUUACCAUAUAGAUCACGUUUUGUGAUGCAGCAGUGAAGUAGUUCAACUGUACAUUGUGAUUUACAACCCCGUUCUUGUAUUAUCUGAAUGAGUACAGACUGGAUCCAAAAGCAAUUUGUUCCCUUGCUGCAGUGAGGCACUUCUUCUGUGGGUACUCUAGAAUCAAACCAACUGUCACUUUCUCUAAUUGGCAGAACAUGCGUUUCCUAUCUCUGCUGUAGAAAAGUUUUUUCCCGCCCGUUUCUGUCUUCAAUUUAAAUCCAGGAAAUAAACUGACGAUUCUAUGCUGUAUCAUUUAAUUCCUUUUAGUUAGGAUAGUCCACUCAGUAACAAUUGCCACUGUUUUCCAGGGAGUCCUGUAUGUGUGAGUGAAGUUGUCUAUGUGCAUGUAAUGCUACAGUGAGGGAAAAAAGUAUUUGAUCCCCUGCUGAUUUUGUACGUUUGCCCACUGACAAAGACAUGAUAUGUCUAAUUUUAAUGGUAGGUUUAUUUGAACAGUGAGAGACAGAAUAACAACAACAAAAAAUCCAGAAAAAUGCAUGUCAAAAAUGUUAUAAAUUGAUUUGCAUUUUAAUGAGGGAAAUAAGUAUUUGACCCCUCUGCAAAACAUGACAUAGUACUUGGUGGCAAAACCCUUGUUGGUAAUCACAGAGGUCAGACGUUUCUUGUAGUUGGCCACCAGGUUUGCACACAUCUCAUUUUUUACAUUUACAUUUUAGUCAUUUAGCAGACGCUCUUAUCCAGAGCGACUUACAAUUAGUGAAUACAUAUUUUUUUAAUACUGGCCCCCCGUGGGAAUCGAACCCACAACCCUGGCGUUGCAAACGCCAUGCUCUAUCAACUGAGCUACAUCCCUGCCGGCCAUUCCCUCCCCUACCCUGGACGACGCUGGGCCAAUUGUGCGCCGUCCAUGAGUCUCCCGGUCGCGGCCGGCUGCGACAGAGCCUGGAUUCGAACCAGGAUCUCUAGUGGCACAGUUAGCACUGCAAAGCAGUGCCUUAGACCACUGCGCCACUCAGGAGGGAUUUUGUCCCACUCCUCUUUGCAGAUCUUCUCCAAGUCAUUAAGGUUCAGAGGCUGACGUUUGGCAACUCGAACCUUCAGCUCCCUCCACAGAUUUUCUAUGGGAUUAAGGUCUGGAGACUGGCUAGGCCACUCCAGGACCUUAAUGUGCUUCUUUUUGAGCCACUCCUUUGUGGCCUUGGCCGUGUGUUUUGGGUCAUUGUCAUGCUGGAAUACCCAUCCACGACCCAUUUUCAAUGCCCUGGCUGAGGAAAGGAGGUUCUCACCCAAGAUUUGACGGUACAUGGCCCCGUCCAUUGUCCCUUUGAUGCGGUUAAGUUGUCCUGUCCCCUUAGCAGAAAAACACCCCCAAAGCAUAAUGUUUCCAACUCCAUGUGUGACGGUGGGGAUGGUGUUCUUGGGGUCAUAGGCAGCAUUCCUCCUCCUCCAAAUACGGCGAGUUGAGUUGAUGCUAAAGAGCUCGAUUUUGGUCUCAUCUGACCACAACACUUUCACCCAGUUCUCCUCUGAAUCAUUCAGAUGUUCAUUGGCAAACUUCAGACGGCCCUGUAUAUGUUCUUUCUUGAGCAGGGGGACCUUGCGGAAGCUGCAGGAUUUCAGUCCUUCACGGCGUAGUGUGUUACCAAUUGUUUUCUUGGUGACUAUGGUCCCAGCUGCCUUGAGAUCAUUGACAAGAUCCUCCCGUGUAGUUCUGGGCUGAUUCCUCACCGUUCUCAUGAUCAUUGCAACUCCACGAGGUGAGAUCUUGCAUGGUGCCCCAGGCCGAGGGAGAUUGACAGUUAUUUUGUGUUUCUUCCAUUUGCGAAUAAUCGCACCAACUGUUGUCACCUUCUCACCAAGCUGCUUGGCAAUGGUCUUGUAGCCCAUUCCAGCCUGGUGUAGGUCUACAAUCUUAUCCCUGACAUCCUUGGAGAGCUCUUUGGUCUUGGCCAUGGUGGAGAGUUUGGAAUCUGAUUGAUUGAUUGCUUCUGUGGACAGGUGUCUUUUAUACAGGUAACAAGCUGAGAUUAGGAGCACUCCCUUUAAGAGUGUGCUCCUAUCUCAGCUCGUUACCUGUAUAAAAGACACCUGGGAGCCAGAAAUCUUUCUGAUUGAGAGGGGGUCAAAUACUUAUUUCCCUCAUUAAAAUGCAAAUCAAUUUAUGACAUUUUUGACAUGUGUUUUUCUGGAUUUUUUUGUUGUUAUUCUGUCUCUCACUGUUCAAAUAAACCUACCAUUAAAAUUAUAGACUGAACAUUUAUUUGUCAGUGGGCAAACGUACAAAAUCUGCAUGGUAUCAAAUACUUUUUUCCCUCACUGUAUGUUAACCAUUUUCCCCCAAUACUCUUAAGCAAAAUGCUUGUGCAUGCUCGGUCUGAACAUGCUCAGAAAAAGCUAACGUAAACCUUGAUCGCAUCUCAUUUUGCCUCCAUGAUUUACCCUGCUGCUCGGAAAAAUUGAUGUAAAAUCAUAGAAGCCUCAGUCAUGAGUAAGUGGAAUCCGGUUAGUGCAUCCCCCAGUGAUCACUGUAUGAUUUGCAUGCAGAGCUUUGCUGGACUAAACCUGACCCUCUCUUAUUUUAAUGGGUAUUGUAAAAAGGCUCAUCCUUACACCUGCUAACCAGCAAAUCCGGUUUCUGUGCGCUGAAUCACAUUCAGCGGAAGCGUAUGCCACAGUGGUACUAUGCAGACUAAGGUCGAUUAUCAUAUCGACCUGCCCUGGAGCACUCUCACAGGCACAAAGGCCAUCUCCCACUGUGACUGUCUUCACCCAAGACAUGGCUGUGCGACUCUUCAUUGUGUGUGUGUGACUGACUGUCUAUUUAUCUGUACAGUAGCAUGAUUUCAGCUAUCUGGCUGUUGGCAUGCUAUCUUUUGUUUCCAGGGGAUUGAAGCACAGACAAAGCAAGCACACACACACUGCCUGUUUUUGUCUGCUUUUUCUAUUAUCUUCUGCAGUUCUCUAGUGUGUUCAGCACUGGUUUAUUGUCCCAGAAUGCCUGCUGCGCGUGUGUGUGCGCGUGUGAGAGAGUGAGAUACUGUUGUUGAUUCUAGCCUCUUGUCUAUUAAACCGAAGGCAAGCUCCCUCUGGUUAAAGCCCUUUAGUGGUUAUACAAUGCCCCUGUGUCUCAGUGUGAGUCCACAGCACUUGGCCCAGAUAAUGAAUUGGUAGUGUCAUUGUUUUAUUUUCUCUAACCAUUAACAUUUCUAACAGUAACAAUAGUCCUGGUACUAGACAAGUACUUGUUUACAACAAUACAGUGGUGUCAGGAUGUAGCUAUGUUGUUCUUUUUAAUUAAUAGUCAUGACUGAUAAUUGGCUAAAAGUUUCCAAACCUGAUUUUCUUGUGAUUUUAAAUCCAAACAUUCAAGGUAAGAUAUCUGCUGAACCUUGGCUUAUUCCCAUUUUAAUUGGGAAUUUGUUCAUAUUUGCAAUGUACAAUUCUACUGAAUUUCGUAGACAAACAAUGUAUCCGGUAUUGAUGUUUAAGUGUAGGCCCAUGCAUGCAGUACUUUGUAUAUUCUACUUCUGAGGUACAGUGCCUUGCAAAAGUAUUCAUCCCCCUUGACGUUUUUCCUAUUUUGUUGCAUUACAACCUGUAAUUUAAAUUUAUUUUUAUUUGGAUUUCAUGUAGUGGACAUACACAAAAUAGUCCAAAUUGGUGAAGUGAAAUGAGAAAAAAAAACUUGUUUCAGAAAAUUCUAAAAAAUAAAUAACAGAAAAGUGGUGCGUUCAUAUGUAUUCACCCCCUUUGCUAUGAAGCCCCUAAAUAAGAUCUGGUGCAACCAAUUACCUUCAGAAGUCACAUACAUUUUAAAGAAAAGUCCACCUGUGUGCAAUCUAAGUGUCACAUGAUCUGUCACAUGAUCUCAGUAUAUAUACACCUGUUCUGAAAGGCCCCAGAGUCUGCAACACCACUAAGCAAGGGCACCACCAAGCAAGCGGCGCCAUGAAGAUCAAGUAGCUCUCCAAACAGGUCAGGAACAAAGUUGUGGAUAAGUACAGAUCAUGGUUGGGUUAUAAAAAAAUAUCAAACUUUGAACAUCCCAAGGAGCAUUCAAUCAAUUAUUAAAAAAUUGAAAGAAUAUGGCACCACAACAAACCUGCCAAGAGAGGGCCGCCCACCAAAACUCACGGACCAGGCAAGGAGGGCAUUAAUCAGAGAGGCAACAAAGAGACCAAAGAUAACCCUGAAUAAGCUGCAAAGCUCCACAGCGGAGAUUGGAGUAUCUGUUCAUAGGACCACUUUAAGCCGUACACUCCACAGAGCUGGGCUUUACGGAAGAGUGGCCAGAAAAAAGCCAUUGCUUAAAGAAAAAAAAUAAGCAAACACGUUUGGUGUUCGCCAAAAGCCAUGUGGGAGACUCCCCAAACAAAUGGAAGAAGGUACUCUGGUCAGAUGAGACUAAAAUUGAGCUUUUUGGCCAUCAAGGAAAACGCUAUGUCUGGCGCAAACCCAACACCUCUCAUCACCCCGAGAACACCAUCCCCACAGUGAAGCAUGGUGGUGGCAGCAUCAUGCUGUGGGGAUGUUUUUCAUUGGCAGGGACUGGGAAACAGGUCAGAAUUGAAGGAAUGAUGGAUGGCGCUAAAUCCAGGGAAAUUAUUGAGGGAAACCUGUUUCAGUCUUCCAGAGAUUUGAGACUGGGACAGAGGUUCACCUGUCAUGGCUAGAUGUGCCAAGCUUAUCGAGACAUACCCCAAGAGACUUGCAGCUGUAAUUGCUGCAAAAGGUGGCUCUACAAAGUAUUGACUUUAGGGGGGUAGUUAUGCACGCUCAAAUGUUCUGUUUUUUUGUCUUAUUUCUUGUUUGUUUCACAAGAAAAAUUAUUUUGCAUCUUCAAAGUGGUAGGCAUGUUGUGUGAAUCAAAUGAUACAACCCCCCCAAAAAUCCCUUUUAAUUCCAGGUUGUAAGGCAACAAAAUAGGAAAAAUGCCGGGGGGGUGGGGGUGAAUACUUUCACAAGCCACUGUAGGCUGGACUUUGAGAACCUGUGUGUAGCCUACUAACUGUAAUUCCUGCGGAUAUUUGGACUCCUCUGCUAAGCACCUCUUUAAGUCAAUCUUAUUUACUCCAGUGAGGGCAUCAGCUUAGCUAGAUCCUUUUAACUUGAUGAGACUCCAUUACUGUAUUUGGUCCCUGUUCUGGUCUGUCUGGCCGCUGGCUGAUGGUAGAUUACAGUCUGACAACAGCACUUUAGCUGGCCCAUCCGGUCCCUACUUUAACACAUUACUAAUUGCAGCUAAUUUUAGCUCCUACUCUGCCAAACUCCAUAGCCCAAUUCCAUCAAGAUGCCCAAUUCUGUGGCAAAGCUCCCAAAUGCUCUAAAUGGUUUACCUAUCCAUGCCCAUUAUGCUAAAUAGAGUUUGGAACAAUUAAGGUGUUUUUAUAAACAUGAAUUCAUUUUCUGUGAUUUAGAAACUUUACUUUUGAUUAUAUUUUUUAUGUGAACUGUUCUAACCAAAGCUUUUCCCCUCUAUUCAUCACUGCUCAAGAUGUUUGUUGCCUCAAAGAACACGGAACAACUUCUCUGUUCGUAUAUAUGUAAUUGUGUGCUUGUGUGAUAACUUAAACUCUAAAGACACUGUUUUGUCUUAUUUGUAUGCCUUUCUUCCCAAAUCCAGAUUGGCGGAUGCAGUAGCCUGAAUGUCUUCUGUGUACGAGGGAACAGGCUGACAAAGAUUCCCUCUGAGAUCUCUCAGGCCACAGAACUGCAUGUGUUUGAUGUGUCUGGAAAUAGGUAGGCUAUAUGUGACUGACCUCCUCCAUUCGGUCUUAGUGGGGAAAAAAAGUAUUUAGUCAGCCACCAAUUGUGCAAGUUCUCCCACUUAAAAAGAUGAGAGGCCUGUAAUUUUCAUCAUAGGUACACGUCAACUAUGACAGACAAAAUGAGGAAAAAAAAUCCAGAAAAUCACAUUGUAGGAUUUUUAAUGAAUUUAUUUGCAAAUGAUGGUGGAAAAUAAGUAUUUGGUCAAUAACAAAAGUUUCUCAAUACUUUGUUAUAUACCCUUUGUUGGCAAUGACACAGGUCAAACGUUUUCUGUAAGUCUUCACAAGGUUUUCACACACUGUUGCUGGUAUUUUGGCCCAUUCCUCCAUGCAGAUCUCCUCUAGAGCAGUGAUGUUUUGGGGCUGUCGCUGGGCAACACAGACUUUCAACUCCCUCCAAAGAUUUUCUAUGGGGUUGAGAUCUGGAGACUGGCUAGGCCACUCCAGGACCUUGAAAUGCUUCUUACGAAGCCACUCCUUCGUUGCCCGGGCGGUGUGUUUGGGAUCAUUGUCAUGCUGAAAGACCCAGCCACGUUUCAUCUUCAAUGCCCUUGCUGAUGGAAGGAGGUUUUCACUCAAAAUAUCACGAUACAUGGCCCCAUUCAUUCUUUCCUUUACACGGAUCAGUCGUCCUGGUCCCUUUGCAGAAAAACAGCCCCAAAGCAUGAUGUUUCCACCCCCAUGUUUCACAGUAGGUAUGGUGUUCUUUGGAUGCAACUCAGCAUUCUUUGUCCUCCAAACACGACGAGUUGAGUUUUUACCAAAAAGUUAUAUUUUGGUUUCAUCUGACCAUAUGAAAAUUCUCCCAAUCCUCUUCUGGAUCAUCCAAAUGCACUCUAGCAAACUUCAGACGGGCCUGGACAUGUACUGGCUUAAGCAGGGGGACACGUCUGGCACUGCAGGAUUUGAGUCCCUGGCGGCGUAGUGUGUUACUGAUGGUAGGCUUUGUUACUUUGGUCCCAGCUCUCUGCAGGUCAUUCACUAGGUCCCCCCGUGUGGUUCUGGGAUUUUUGCUCACCGUUCUUGUGAUCAUUUUGACCCCACGGGGUGAGAUCUUGCGUGGAGCCCCAGAUCUAGGGAGAUUAUCAGUGGUCUUGUAUGUCUUCCAUUUCCUAAUAAUUGCUCCCACAGUUGAUUUCUUCAAACCAAGCUGCUUACCUAUUGCAGAUUCAGUCUUCCCAGCCUGGUGCAGGUCUACAAUUUUGUUUCUGGUGUCAUUUGACAGCUCUUUUGUCUUGGCCAUAGUGGAGUUUGGAGUGUGACUGUUUGAGGUUGUGGACAGGUGUCUUUUAUACUGAUAACAAGUUCAAACAGGUGCCAUUAAUACAGGUAACGAGUGGAGGACAGAGGAGCCUCUUAAAUAAGAAGUUACAGGUCUGUGAGAGCCAGAAAUCUUGCUUGUUUGUAGGUGACCAAAUACUUAUUUUCCACCAUAAUUUGCAAAUAAAUUCAUUAAAAAUCCUACAAUGUGAUUUUCUGGAUUUUUCUCUUCUCAAUUUGUCUGUCAUAGUUGACGUGUACCUAUGAUGAAAAUGACAGGCCUCUCUCAUCUUUUUAAGUGGGAGAACUUGCACAAUUGGUGGCUGACUAAAUACUUGUUUUCCCCACUGUAUGUAGCAACAUUUGAAAUUGUGUUUUUUUACAUUGGAUAAAAGUACAGACUCAGAGCUAUACAAUUGUAUAUCAUACACUGCAGUUCAGGAACAAUGGGAAAGUAAUUCUGCUUUGAAAGUUGAUAAACUUGUAACCCCACUUUUGAGAAAAUGGCCCUCGAAUGUUUUGAUACACCUACUGGAUAGCUCUUCUUUGUCUACACUCAUUCAGCGUCGUUCACACCCUCUUAAGCCUAAUCCCACCCACCACUUUAAGGAUUCACAUUUGAGGCCAUGUGGUGAACACACACUACAUCAAAUAAAAUAUAAGUUUAUGUGUCACAUGCACAGGACACAGAAGGUGUAAACGACAGUGAUAGUACUUGCAUAGUAGCAAUAUCAAAAACAGAAAGUGUCCAGAUAAAAAUAUAUUUUUGUUAUUAGAUGAUGCUUAGCCGACACACUUGUCUACAUUGAUGGGUCAUGUGAAGGAAAUGCUAUAACCACCCCUCAUCCACAUCUAGCUAAGUGGAUGGGUCACUAUUGUCUAGACAUUGUACACAUGUUCAUGAAAUACAAUCGAUGGCUGUAAUCACCCCCAGACACACCUGCUAAUUUGAUGGGUCAUGCAAUAAUCCAGUCGAAGUGGAGUCUUUUUUUUUUGUUUAAACAUGUAGCUAGCUAGGUAGCUAGCAAGCUAAAUAAUGAACCGACAUAACCCCAACUCGUACUACUACCAAUACAAACAUUGUCAUAGCUGUAGGAUGAAUCUGCAGGUAGUUAAAGCUAACAAACUAGGUUCAAUGUUAGCUAGCUAACAUUAGGCUAUAACUAGCAAUGCAAAUGGUUUUCUGAUUCCAAUAAUAUCAAUACACCGAUCAUACACGUAAUGUUAGCUAGUGUGCGUGCAAGCUAACGUUUGCUAGCUAACUAACAGUACGCUUUAACUUGCAAUAAAAAAAAAAUUGUGACAGAAUUGGAAACGUAUAUCUGGAAAAUGUAGCUAGACUCUUACCCGUAUACAUGGAUGAACGCUUCACGGCUGACUGGAACCAUUUAACUCAGUUUUGUUUGUAGCUACAUCUUGUUUGGCCAGCUUUGUGUCAAGUCACUCCGGUUCACACUGACCGUGGCGGGUGCAGAAAGUAGCCAAUCACAUUUCCCUACUGAUCUGUCGAUAGCGCCUGCUAAAUUCAGGGCAUCAAUGUUGUUGAGAAAAGUAGCAAAACUUUUGUAGUUCUCGAUGGCUAACGUUAUAUCUUUCAAAAACGGCACGGUAGUAAAGACUGUCAACACAUACUGAACAGCUCAUGUUAUAGACAGAAGCGUGCAACAUGGCAGUUCAAUCCAAACUCAUCUACUGGGAUGUCCAGCCCAUACAUUAUCUCAGCGAAUCAUGGCUAGUGGGAUGGGUAAAGUUCACAUGUUCCAGAAUACAUUUCUGCCCAAAAACGUGUUUUGAUAAAAAAUAAAUGUUUACGUUCAAAUGCUGCUCCUGUGAAGUAGUGAUGUGCGACAUACGCCUAGUUUCCUGAAACGAGUCACAUAUUAAAAUUCAAUUACAGUGCGGAAAAAAAGUAUUUAGUCAGCCACCUAUUGUGCAAGUUCUCCCACUUAAAAAGAUGAGAGAGGCCUGUAAUUUUCAUCAUAGGUACACGUCAACUAUGACAGACAAAUUGAGAUUUUUUUUCUCCAGAAAAUCACAUUGUAGGAUUUUUAAUGAAUUUAUUUGCAAAUUAUGGUGGAAAAUAAGUAUUUGGUCACCUACAAACAAGCAAGAUUUCUGGCUCUCACAGACCUGUAACUUCUUCUUUAAGAGGCUCCUCUGUCCUCCACUCGUUACCUGUAUUAAUGGCACCUGUUUGAACUUGUUAUCAGUAUAAAAGACACCUGUCCACAACCUCAAACAGUCACACUCCAAACUCCACUAUGGCCAAGACCAAAGAGCUGUCAAAGGACACCAGAAACAAAAUUGUAGACCUGCACCAGGCUGGGAAUCUGCAAUAGGUAAGCAGCUUGGUUUGAAGAAAUCAACUGUGGGAGCAAUUUUAGGAAAUGGAAGACAUGCAAGACCACUGAUAAUCUCCCUCGAUCUGGGGCUCAACGCAAGAUCUCACCCCUUUGGGUCAAAAUGAUCACAAGAACGGUGAGCAAAAAUCCCAGAACCACACGGGGGGACCUAGUGAAUGACCUGCAGAGAGCUGGGACCAAAGUAACAAAGCCUACCAUCAGUAACACACUACGCCGCCAGGGACUCAAAUCCUGCAGUGCCAGACGUGUCCCCCUGCUUAAGCCAGUACAUGUCCAGGCCCGUCUGAAGUUUGCUAGAGUGCAUUUGGAUGAUCCAGAAGAGGAUUGGGAGAAUUUUCAUAUGGUCAGAUGAAACCAAAAUAUAACUUUUUGGUAAAAACUCAACUCGUCGUGUUUGUAGGACAAAGAAUGCUGAGUUGCAUCCAAAGAACACCAUACCUACUGUGAAGCAUGGGGGUGGAAACAUCAUGCUUUGGGGCUGUUUUUCUGCAAAGGGACCAGGACGACUGAUCCGUGUAAAGGAAAGAAUGAAUGGGGCCAUGUAUCGUGAGAUUUUGAGUGAAAACCUCCUUCCAUCAGCAAGGGCAUUGAAGAUGAAUCGUGGCUGGGUCUUUCAGCAUGACAAUGAUCCCAAACACACCGCCCGGGCAACGAAGGAGUGGCUUCGUAAGAAGCAUUUCAAGGUCCUGGAGUGGCCUAGCCAGUCUCCAGAUCUCAACCCCAUAGAAAAUCUUUGGAGGGAGUUGAAAGUCUGUGUUGCCCAGCGACAGCCCCAAAACAUCACUGCUCUAGAGGAGAUCUGCAUGGAGGAAUGGGCCAAAAUACCAGCAACAGUGUGUGAAAACCUUGUGAAGACUUACAGAAAACGUUUGACCUGUGUCAUUGCCAACAAAGGAUAUAUAACAAAGUAUUGAGAAACUUUUGUUAUUGACAAAAUACUUAUUUUCCACCAUAAUUUGCAAAUAAAUUCAUAAAAAAUCCUACAAUGUGAUUUUCUGGAAUUUUCUUUCUCAUUUUGUCUGUCAUAGUUGACGUGUACCUAUGAUGAAAAUUACAGGCCUCUCUCAUCUUUUUAAGUGGGAGAACUUGCACAAUUGGUGGCUGACUAAAUACUUUUUUCCCCCACUGUAAAUGUGUCUUUAUUAACCUUUGAUCAUAUACACAUUAUAUCAUAUACAUUAUUUACAUUAUUAUACCCCAGAUCCAGUAACGCUUUUAUAUGUGGUCCUCUGUAGCUCAAUUGGUAGAUCAUGGCACUUGUAACGCCAGGGUAGUGGGUUCGAUCCCCGGGACCACCCUUACGUAAAAAUGUAUGCGCACAUGACUGUAAGUCGCUUUGGAUAAAAGCGUCUGCUAAAUGGCAUAUUUUUUAAAUUUAUUUUUAUGUGACAGGUGCUCACUUGUAGCAAAGUAAGUCAUAAUAUUUGACACCAACAUAAACUCCUUCUGAGCUGUCCACAAAUCAAUAAGGUUCACAAAAUAUUCUCUGAAGCCUUUCAAUAACACGGUAUCAUCUCUCUCCAGACUACUCCACCUACCCAUAUCUCUGACCACGCUGCGACUCAAGGCCCUGUGGCUGUCAGAGAACCAGUCCCAGCCUCUACUCACCUUCCAGAAUGACAUGGACCCAGAGUCGGGGGAAAAGGUGCUCACCUGUGUUCUCCUGCCCCAGCAGCCUUCAGAACCUGACAGUAAAGGUAAGGUCUUCUCAUGUGCUAUAAACUCAGUGGUCUUGUGGGUAGAGUAUCCGCCCUGAAAUUGGAAGGUUGGGAGUUCGAUCCCCGGCAGGGUCAUACCAAAGACUGUAAAAAUGUGACCUGAUGCGCGUCUCUGCUUGGCACUCGGCAUUAAAGGGAAAAUUGCGGAAUUAGGUUGUUAAACAUUCUGAUUUGUUUCAUUCUUCCAAUUAAAAGUCCCAAUAUGACAUAUCACUUUAAAUUUGUAUUUUGGGAGAAAUUCAUAUUUUAUAUAAUUUAACCGGAGUCAUGUCGGAAAAAUGUUUGAAAAAGUGAACCACUGAUCACAUAAGACAGUAAAGACCCACAUCAUAUCGAGUCCUCCUAUGGUUUUUGCAAAAAUAAAUUGGCACUCUGAAUAAAGCCAACUUAUCAUCUGACCAUAUCCUCUGAUUUCUUUAUUCUGUAUCAGCUAAAACAAAUUAUCACUUUUACAGCACACAGGCUUUUAGCAUAGCCCCUUUUAGACCCUUGCUGGCUUACCUCUACUAGCUAACCACUAGCAGCCUUGAAACGUAUCACUUAUUAGCAGUUCAGAACAUCAGCAUUUCUUGUACUGUUACACAAAAUCAAGAUAAGCCUUUACCAGCAUUGUAGACAUUGAACGCCUAUAACCAAACUGGAUAAAACUCUGUUGUUGGCUGAUGGUAGCUAUAGCUAGCCACAUGCUAACCUGAGUGCUAAAGUUACUAGCAGCAGUAACAGUAAAUCCAGGUAUACUGGCCAACACACAUUGGCUACCAUGAUAUCCUGCAAGUUACACUACGGGUCAAAAGUUUUAGAACACCUACUCAUUCAAGGGUUUUUCUUUACUUUUACUAUUUUCUACAUUGUAGAAUACAUUUACAUUUACAUUUUCGUAAUUUAGCAGACGCUCUUAUCCAGAGCGACUUACAAAUUGGUGCAUUCACCUUAUGAUAGCCAGUGGGAUGACCACUUUACAAUAUAUAUAUAUAUAUUUUUUUUUAUAAUAAUAGUGAAGACAUCAAAACUAUGAAAUAACACAUAUGGAAUCAUGUAGUAACCAAAAAAGUGUUAAACAAAUCAAAAUAUAUUUAGCCACCCUUUGCCUUGAUGACAGCUUUGCACACUUGGCAUUCUCUCAACCAGCUUCACCUGGAAUGCUUUUCCAAGAGUCUUGAAGGAGUUCCCACAUAUGCUGAACACUUGUUGGCUGCUUUUCCUUCACUCUGCGGUCCAACUCAUCCCAAACCAUCUCAAUUGGGUUGAGGUCGGGUGUUUGUGGAGGCCAGGUCAUCUGAUGCAGCACUCCAUCACUCUCCUUGGUCAAAUAGCCCUUACACAGCCUGGAGGUGUGUUGGGUCAUUGUCCUGUUGAAAAACAAAUGAUAGUCCCACUAAGCCCAAUCCAGAUGGGAUGGCGUAUCGCUGCAGAAUGCUGUGGUAGCCAUGCUGGUUAAGUGUGCCAUGAAUUCUAAAUAAAUCACAGACAGUGUCACCAGCAAAAGCACCCCAACACCAUCACACCGCCUCCUCCGUGCUUCACGGUGGGAACUACACAUGUGGAGAUCAUCCGUUCACUUACUCUGCGUCUCACAAAGACACGGCGGUUGGAACAAAAAAAUCUCAAAUUUGGACUCCAGACCAAAGGACAGAUUCCCACCAGUCUAAUGUCCAUUGCUUGUGUUUCUUGGCCCAAGCAAGUCUCUUCUUCUUAUUGGUGUCCUUUAGUAGUGGUUUCUUUGCAGCAAUUCAACCAUGAAGGCCUGAUUUACGCAGUCUCCUCUGAACAUUCUUUGUUGAUGUGUCUGUUACUUAAACUCUUAAGCAUUUAUUUGGGCUCCAAUCUGAGGUGCAGUUAACUCUAAUUAACUUAUCCUCUGCAGCAGAUGUAACUCUGCAUCUUCCUUUCCUGUGGUGGUCCUCAUGAGAGCCAGUUUCAUCAUAGUGCUUGAUGAUUUUUGCAACUGCACUUGAAGAAACUUUCAAAGUUCUUGAAAUUGUCCGUAUUGACUGAUCUUCAUGUCUUAAAUUAAGGAUGGACUGUCGUUUCUCUUUGCUUAUUUGAGCUGUUCUUGCCAUAAUAUGGGACUUGGUCUUUUAUCAAAUAGGGCUAUCUUCUGUAUACCACCCCUACCUUGUCACAACACAACUGAUUGGCUCAAAUGCAUUAAGAAGGAAAGAAAUUCCACAAAUUAACUUUUAAGAAGGCACACCUGUUAAUUGAAAUGCAUUUCAGGUGACUACCUCAUGAAGCUGGUUGAGAGAAUGCCAAGAGUGUGCAAAGCUGUCAUCAAAGCAAAGGAUGGCUAUUUGAAGAAUAUCAAAUAUCAAAUAUAUUUUGAUUUGUUUAACACUUUUUUGGUUAUUACAUUAUUCCAUGUGUUAUUUCAUAGUUUAAUGUCUUCACUAUUAUUCUACAAUGUAGAAAAUAGUAAAAAUAAAGAAAAACCCUUGAAUGAGUAGGUGUCCAAACUUUUGACUGGUACUGUAUAUACAGUGCAUUCGGAAAGUAUUCAGACCCCUUGACUUUUUCCACAUUUUGUUAUGUUACGGCCUUAUUCUAAAAUGGAAAAAAAUCAAUAACAGAUACCUUAUUUACAUAAGUAUUCAGACCCUUUGCUAUGAGACUCAAUUGAGCUCAGGUGCAUCCUGUUUCCAUUGAUCAUCCUUAAGAUGUUUCUACAACUUGAUUGGAGUCCACCUGUGGUAAAUUCAAUUGAUUGGACAUGAUCUGGAAAGGCACACACCUGUCUAUAUAAGGUCCCACAGUUGACAGUGCAUGUCAGAGCAAAAACUAAGCCAUGAGGUCGAAGGAAUUGUCCGUAGAGCUCCGAGACAGGAUUGUGUCGAGGUACAGAUCUGGGGAAGGGUACCAAAAAUUGUCUGCAGCAUUGAAGGUCCCCAAGAACAGAGUGGCCUCAUCAUUCUUAAAUGGAAUACGUUUGGAACCACCAAGACCUCCUAGAGCUGGCCGCCUGGCCAAACUGAGUAAUCGGGGGAGAAGGACCUUGGUCAGGGAGGUGACCAAGAACCCAAUGGUCAAUCUGCCAGAGCUCCAGAGUUCCUUUGUGGAGACAGGAGAAACUUCAAGAAGGACAACCAUCUCUGCAGCACUCCACCAAUCAGGCCUUUAUGGUACUGUAGUGGCCAGACGGAAGCCACUCCUCAGUAAAAGGCACAUGACAGCCCGCUUGGAGUUUCCCAAAAGGCACCUAAAGACUCUCAGACCAUGAGAAACAAGAUUCUCUGGUCUGAUGAAACCAAGACUGAACUCUUUGGCCUGAAUGCCAAGCGUCACGUCUGGAGGAAACCUGGAACCAUCCCUACGGUGAAGCAUGGUGGUGGCAGCAUCAUGCUGUGGGGAUGUUUUUCAGCGGCAGGGACUGGGAAACUAGUCAGGAUCAAGGGAAAGAUGAACGGAGCAAAGUACAGAGAGAUCCUUGAUGAAAACCUGCUCCAGAGCGCUCAGGACCUCCGUCUGGGGCGAAGGUUCACCUUCCAACAGGUCAACGACCCUAAGCACACAGCCAAGAUAACGCAGAAGUGGCUUCGGGACAAGUCUCUGAAUGUCCUUGAGUGGCCCGGACUUGAACCCUAUCGAACAUCUCUGGAGAGACCUGAAAAUAGCUGUGCAGCAGCGCUCCCCAUCCAACCUGACAGAGCUUGAGAGGAUCUGCAGAGAAGAAUAGGAGAAACUCCCAAAUACAGGAACAGUUGAAGUCGGAUAUUUACAUACACCUUAGCCAAAUACAUUUAAACUCAGUUUUUCACAAUUCCUGACAUUUAAUCCUAGUAAAAAUUCACUGUCUUAGGUCAGUUAGGAUCACCACUUUAUUUUAAGAAUGUGAAAUGUCAAAAUAAUAGUAGAGAGUGAUUUAUUUCAGCUUUUAUUUAUUUCAUCACAUUCCCAGUAGGUCAGAAGUUUACAUACACUCAAUUAGUAUUUGGUAGCAUUGCCUUUAAAUUGUUUAACUUGGGUCAAACGUUUCAGGUAGCCUUCCACAAGCUUCCCACAAUAAGUUGGGUGAAUUUUGGCCCAUUCCUCCUGACAGAGCUGGUGUAACUGAGUCAGGUUUGUAGGCCUCCUUGCUUGCACAUACUUUUUCAGUUCUGCCCACACAUUUUCUAUUGAGGUCAGGGCUUUGUGAUGGCCACUCCAAUACCUUGACUUUGUUGUCCUUAAGCCAUUUUGCCACAACUUUGGUAGUAUGCUUAGGGUCAUUGUCCAUUUGGAAGACCCAUUUGCGACCAAGCUUUAACUUCCUGACUGAUGUAUUGAGAUGUUGCUUCAAUAUAUCCACAUCAAUUUUGUGAAGUGCACCAGAAUAUCUCCUGCAGCAAAGCACCUCCACAGCAUGAUGCUGCCACCCCCGUGCUUCACGGUUGGGAUGGUGUUCUUCGGCUUGCAAGCAACCCCCUUUUUCCUCCAAACAUAACGAUGGUCAUUAUGGCCAAACAGUUCUAUUUUUGUUUCAUCAGACCAGAGGACAUUUCUCCAAAAAGUAUGAUCUUUUUUUGGGGGGGGGGGGCGGUUUUGGAGCAGUGGCUUCUUCCUUGCUGAGUGGCCUUUCAGGUUAUGUCGAUAUAGGACUCGUUUUACUGUGUAUAUAGAUACUUUUGUACUUGUUUUCUCCAGCAUCUUCACAAGGUCCUUUGCUGUUGUUCUGGGAUUGAUUUGCACUUUUCGCACCAAAGUACGUUCAUCUCUAGGAGACAGAACGCGUCUCCUUGCUGAGCAGUAUGACGGCUGCGUGGUCCCAUGGUGUUUAUACUUGCUUAAUAUUGUUUGUACAGAUGAACGUGGUACCUUCAGGCGUUUGGAAAUUGCUCCCAAGGAUGAACCAGACUUUUGGAGGUCUACAAUUUGUUUUCUGAGGUCUUGGCUGAUUUCUUUUGAUUUUCCUAUGAUGUCAAGCAAAUAGGCACUGAGUUUGAAGGUAGGCCUUGAAAUACAUCCACAGGUACACCUCCAAUUGACUCAAAUUAUGUCAAUUAGCCUAUUAGAAGCUUCAAAGCCAUGACAUCAUUUUCUGGAAUUUUCCAAGCUGUUUAAAGGCACAGUCAACUUAGUGUAAGUAAACUUCUGACCCACUGGAAUUGUGAUAAAGUGAAUUAUAAGUGAAAUAAUCUGUCUGUAAACAAUUGUUGGAAAAAUUACUUGUGUCAUGCACAAAGUAGAUGUCCUAAUCGACUUGCCAAAACUAUAGUUUGUUAACAAGAAAUCUGUGGAGUGGUUGAAAAACAAGUUUUAAUGACUCCAACCUAAGUGUAUGUAAACUUCCGAUUUCAACUGUAUGCCAAGCUUGUAGCGUCAUACCCAAGAAGACUCGAGGCUGUAAUCGCUGCCCAAGGUGCUUCAACAGAGUACUGAGUAAAUGGUCUGAAUACUUUUGUAAAUGUGAUAUUUCAGUACUUUUAUUUUUUUUGCAAAAAUAAUUUCAAUGCUGUUUUUGCUUUGUCAUUAUGGGGUAUUGUGUGUAGAUUUAUGAGGGGAAAAAACAAUUUAAUCCAUUUUAGAAUAAGGCUGUAACAAAAUGUGGAAAAAGUCAAGGGGUGUGAAUACUUUCCAAAUUCACUGUAUACAUUUUUUAUGGCAUUUUGUACUCAACCACCUGCGGGCCGGAUUGAAUGGGAUCCGGCCCCCCUGCCUUGAGUUUGACACGUGCUCUAAUCGAUCUAGUUCUGGUGCUACGCUGCUAUGUAUUGGAAAAGAAAAAGACCUCAGUGGAUUGGACAGCUAAAGAGGCUUAACUCCCAACUGAACUGCAGCUAUUAAAAUCUGGCUGUGCUGGGCGAGGAGAGGCUCGUUCACUCACUCAGCUGAGGCCUGGCAGAAUCUAGGCAUGAUCCAAUUGUUGAUAGUGAUUAUUUUGCGCUAUCUCCACAACCUAGUUGCUGCAUCCAUAUGUCAUGAUUGAGUGAAGCAAUCAUACCAAACACAUAGAUUUUAAUCUGUUGGAUAAUUCAGGCCACUUUUGUGGUAGUUUUCACACAGGUCUUACAUUUCAUGCAUGAUUUUAAACGUCAUUUUGAAAAGCCAAUUAUUAAUAAAGAUGUGAAUGAUUACUAUCCUCACAUGCAUAUCCAAUGGAUCCUGUUUUAGGCUCAGACAACCUGGCUCGCUGCGGUGCUUUGGAGAGCCUGGUGAAUGACAUGGUGGAUGACACCUGGGAUGACAGAGCCAUGAACAGGAUCAGUGCCAUCCACUUCCUGGAUGAUGACGAUGACGAGGAUGAUAAAAAGGUGAGAUGAAGGACUAGAAGUGUGUGAAGAGACGAUAAGGUUGUGGAGAGAUGAGGAGCGUGUGAAGGGGAAUGACAGUAGGCGAUGAGGUAGAAAAUACCUUUCACCACUCACGGGUCGUUUGAAACGUCAAAACUGUCAAUACUCACUAAACAAGGAAUAGAGAUGCCACUUGAAUUUAGAUUAAACUAAUAAAAAGCCAUGAUCAUUGUUGAGUCCAUUAACUGGUUUAAAACUAGGUUUAAUCUUUCAGAUAUUUUAAAUUAGUUGGGUCCAAAAUGGUUGUUACCCUUGAUAAAGAUAAGCAAAAAAAAACUGUAUAAAAUAAAUAAUACAAAUACUGAGCUAUAUUGUAUGUAAAAAAAAAAAAAAAGACUAUUAUAUUAUUUUAUACUAACACAAUUGCUCAGAUAAAGAUUUUGUUUAACAAGUAAUAUUAUUUUUCCUCAAAGAUAUGAGUUAAAAUUAUUGGCACCCCUGUUUUCAAUAAUACCUUUCAAUAACUCACAGCACUGAGCCUUUAAAAAAAAAAAGAGAGAUUGGAGAACACAUUGGAAGGGAUCUUAUACCAUUCCUCCAUACAAAGUCUUUCCAGAUCCUUGAUAUCCUUCGUCUGCGCUUAUGGACUUGCCCUCUUCAAUUCAAAUCUCAAUUUUUUUGAAAAAGGCUCAGUGCCAUUAGUAAAAAUAUAUGCCAUUUAGCAGACGCUUUUAUCUAAAGCGACUUAGUCAUGCGUGCAUACAUUUACGUAUGGAUGUCCGUUAUCCUCGGAAGGUAAGGUAUUGAAAACAGAGAUGCCAAUAAUUUUGACCCCUAGCUUUUAGAGAAAAAAUAUGACAAUCUCUUUCUCUGAGCAAUUAUAUUAGAAUAGAAUAAUAUCCCCAUUUUCUUUAGCAUACAAUAUAGCUCAGUAUUUGUAUUUAUUUUAUACAGUAUUAAAGAAAAACAUUUUUAUCAAGGGUGCCAAUAAUUUUGGACCAUACUGUAUGUCCAAGUGUAUAUGUACACUCAGUUGCCAGUUUAUUAGGUGAAAAGCCCAGGAGGCAGGCCAUUUCUGAAAUACUGGAACCGGUGCGCCAGACACCGAUGAUCAAGUUGCUUAGGUCACCCGUUUUGCCCAUUCUAACGUUCAGUUGAACAGUAACUGAAUGCCUCAAUGCCUGUCUGCCUGCUUUACAGUAUAUAGCAAGCCACGGCAAUGUGACUCACUGUCUGUAGAAGCGAACCAUGCAUAAACUGGCCACUGAGUGUAUAACAUAUUAUAUCCGUUGCUAUGAAGGUAAUAUAAUGCAUGGCAUAAAGAGAGACCUGUUGUAGAAUCUGGGUCCAUUCAGUCGUACAGAUCCGUCUCCCUGUUUGUCUCCUCCCUGCCCCUAUGUUUGUCUCCUCCCCACAGGGAACACUGAUGCGACGGGCCACUCCUCACCCAGGCGAGCUGAAGACUAUGAAGAAAGCAGCGGAGAACCUCCGUAACGACCUGAACGCUGCCAAAGGCCUGGAUUCCAACAAAAACGAGGUCAAUAAUGCUACAGUCACCACGUCUGUGUGACUCUUACCUCAGAAACAUUCUUACCUCCUAUGUCUCUCGCCAUGUUCACCUGCACAACCCCCUGAACCUACUUUUCCCCACGAACCCCUCUGCGGUCUACCUACCCCUCCUGCGGCUCAACCCUGGGACUCUGCUGUGA